GGCCACGCCUCCUCGCCCCGCCCCCUUCUCGGCAUGCCCCCCGCCACCCUCUGCUCGGGCUUGGCGCUGCUGGCGACGUGGCUCGCUUUCCCCGCCGCCUCCUUCUCUGCCGGCCCGUUCUGGGCCCUCCACCAUGCGUCGCAGCCGGCGGAGCUGCGUGCCGUCUCGGUGCCGCUGGUAAACUCGAUUGGCAACCUUGGCGGGUUCGUGGGCCCCUACGCACUGGGCGCGCUACACACGCUCGGGCCGGGCUGCCCGCCGCCGCCCGCCGAUCACACUUUCCGCCACGCUCCCCGCCGUGCCGCCGCGGCCUCCUCCUCGGGUUGGCCGGGCGAGUGCGUCGAGUCUUGGGGCUGGGGCACGAUCAUCAUCGCCUUCGCCGCCCUGAUUGGCACCGCGCUCACCGCUUUCGCCGCGGGCCGGGUGGGGCUCGGGCGCGAAGGCAGGUAUUCUGGCCUAGCCCCACGGCUCACCACGUCACCGCCCCUCGUUCUGACCGACGCACCGGCAGCGAGGGGGGCGGAGGACGGCGACACAGCGGAGGCCCGCCCUCGAGGCGCAACUGCGAUGGCCGCCCCCGCUCCUCCGUCUUCGCCGACCUGAUUUUCACACCGAUGUACUGUGCUGCAUGAAUGGUUGUACAAGUGUGAACAACAUAGUUCAACACCU